AUGCCUCGCGGCAGGGACGACUGCUGGCUCGAGGUCGAACGCGCGCUCGACGAAGAGUCUGGCAAGCGACAUCCACGCGUCACCUGCAAACAUUGCGCCACAGAAUGGACGUCCAACGAGAAAGCCAGGGUCAUUGAGCACUUGCAACGAUGCAACGAGUUGCCAGAACAAUUAUGGCGGACUUAUCAGCCACAUCGACUAGAUCCGACGCUGCCCUCGGCUGCCGAGCUUCAACAGCAGCAGCGUGCUCGGACCAGAGGCAUUGGAUCCAUGUCAUCGACAGAGCAGGACAUCGCAACGGCUGCUUGUGCUCACUGGAUCAAUAAUGCUGGUCUCAACCCGAACAUUACAGAACACCCUGCCUUCAGAGCCUUUGUCCGCACUCUUCGGCCGGCCUUCAAAGUUCCAUCACGGCAUCAGCUCACUCACGCUCUGGUCGAUGCCCCUUUAAUGCUCAUCGCCUUCCUCGCAGACCCACUCGAACAGCAUCGUCGACCGUCGAUCCUGGACAGUAACGAAGAAACUCAGUCACGAUCACUGCAAGCCUUCUUGAUGAAGUACUGCGAUGGCAACGCGCACAAGGCAUCGAAUCUCCUCGGCAUGUUAUCACUACUUCGAGUCAAGUCUGGACCUUUCGACAACAACAUGGUCUGGCUUGCGGCUCAGCAGAUGACUCCGAUCUUAUGGUGGCAGAACUUCUGGGUGGAGACCCAACCCGAUCUUGCUGAGCUAUGCAUGAUCGCGCUUGCCAUCGCUCCAGCCGGCGAGUCGUUGGAGAGGAACUGGUCGCCACACAGCUUCGUACAUGUGCUGAAAAGGAAUCAGCUGAGCCCAGAAGUCGUCAACCGUCUCGUUUGCACUUUCUGGAGCCUGAGGAUCAAGCAUGGAUGGGUCGACGAAACUGUGGCAGCUGGUGGUGCUGCCGAGCCGACAGAUGUUGAUGCCGAGUUCGAGCCGGACACCACCAUGAACGGCUUCUCUGGCAUGCUAGGCUAG